AUGGUGUUUACGUUAGUGUACGGUCUCGGUGAGAAUAUGGCUCAUCAAUUGUCCAACGAAAAUGAUGAGAGAAUAUCCACUCCGAAAGAGGUUCUUCGUUUGAAAGAUAAAAAAGUGACCAACGUUGGAUGUGGUGAUAAAUUCACAGUAUUAUGCACAGAUGAUCAUCUUCUUUAUACCAUCGGAGAUAACGAUUAUGGUCAAUUGAGUUUGGGACAUUUUCGUGCGUGUACUUCUUGGACCAGUGUCAAUUUAAGCAUUCAAAUUGAGUCACUCGUGUGUGGAGAUUAUCAUUCCAUGCUCUUAUCGGAUCGAGGAGAAGUCUAUGCUUGUGGACGUUCCGACAAGUAUCAAAUUGGAUUUUCAUCGACCGAUUCUGUUGCCGAAUUUAGACGAGUUCCAAUUAAGGAAAAAAUCAAACUCAUUUCGAGUGGUGCGAGUCAUUCCAUUUUCGUCACUGUUGACAAUGAAAUUAUGGCAUGUGGAGAUAAUACAUAUUCUCAAAUUUCUUCUAAAAAGAAGGAAGUAUUCAAGAAACCUGAAAAGAUAAAAAUUGAUGAAUUGAAAGGAAAGAAAAUCAAAUCGGUUGCAUCAGGAUAUCAACAUACCAUCUAUUUAACUGAGGAAGGAAACGUUUUUUGUUUAGGAAAUAACACAUUUGGACAGUUAAAUAUUUCACUUGUGAGCAUUAAUAAGGCAGGACAAGGACAAAUAAUUGAAAGUAUUUCAUGUGGAAGUUUUCACUCGGUGGUAGUGACUGAUAAGGGAGAGGCUUGGGCUGCUGGAAAGAAUCGAAAUGGAGAAUUAGGAAUUGAAAAUGAUGGAAGCAAUGUCAAGGAUGCAACUAGAAUUAAUAUUGGAUCUGAUGUCAAGAUUGACACUGUCAAGUGUGGAAAUCAUCACACUGUGUUACGAUCGACAGAACAAAGAAUUUACUGUGCAGGUAAAAACAGUGGAGGUCAAUUGGGAUUAGGACAUCUUGAUAAGACAUUCCGAGUGAAUGAAACAAAAUUCUCAUAUCCAGUUUCAAAGAUUGGUGCUGGUGGAUACCAUUCUGUGUUUACAUGUGAGGUUGCUGAUGACAUGAUCGAAAAUAAUUAA